AUGGGGGAGAAGCGACGCGCGGACGACGGUUCGGGCUCCGACAAGAAGCCCAAGUCCUCGAAGAAGGAGAAGAAGGAGAAGAAGGAGAAGAACGACCUCGACCCGGAUGAGGCCGCCGCCAAGGCUGAGCGCAAGGCGGCGAAGAAGGCCAAGAGGGACGAAAGCGGCGGCGGCGGGGGCGGCGGUGAAGACGACGGCGAAGACGCCAUCGAGACGGUCGAGGUGGAGUGCAAGGGGCAGACUGGGCGCAUCAUCGGUAAAGGUGGGUCCAAGAUUCGUGAGAUCGAGGACCUCACCGGCUGCAUCCUGAGCAUCGAUCAGGCCAAGGGCAUCUGCACCAUCAGGGGCCCGACCGUCGCUCCCGCGGUGCAGGAGGUUAAAAACAUCGUGCAGGAGGGACGAGAGCGCGACGAGCUCGCGCACGCCCCGGCGCCUCCCCGCGCGCGUUCCCAAUCCCAAGGGUGGGACGACGCGGCCCACGACCGACGACCGUCCGAACCCGCGGGCGUGUCCACGCCGGACGAGCUCCCCUUUGGAAAGCCCCCGGCGGGCAGCGCGUCGAGAAACGACACCGGCCAGAACGAUUGGCAGUGUCCGUGCGGAUCGACCAACUUUGCGAGGAGGUCGAGCUGCUUCCGGUGCAGGGCUCCGAGGGUCGACGACGCCACUUGUAACCCCGCGGGUGGCAACGCGCCGGUCAGCGUCGGAAGAUCUCACGAACGGACAACCGGCCCGGCGUCCGCGGCGAGAACGGAGGCGGGCGCCGCGGCGAGGGCGCCCGCGCAGGGAUCAGACGCUAACGGGUACGAGGUGUUCGUCAAGUACCUGCCGCACACGAGCGAGGAGCACGAGGUUGCGGACUUCUUCUCGCAGUUUGGGGAGAUCCUGGGCGGCGUCCGUCUCAUCCGCAACCCCACCACGGGCCAGUGCAAGGGUGCCGGGUUUGUCACUUUCGCGCACGAGCACGCCAGGCAGGCUGCGCUGGCCAAGGACGGCAUAAAGUUCGGGGGGCGUCACCUCAGCAUCACGGUCGCCAAGACGGGGACGUUCGGCGUGAGGGCCACGGAGCAGGCUUUCGGCACGCACACCCCCGCCAUGCUGCGGGAGACGAUUGCGGCGCUGGUGAAACCCGAUCCAAACGGGACGUACGUGGACGGCACCUUCGGACGGGGCGGUCACACGCGCGGUAUACUCGCCGCGCUCGGCCCGAACGGUAGGUUGCACGCGUUCGAUAUGGACCCGGAGGCUAUUAAGGAGGCCAAGAAGCUCGAGGCGGAGGAUUCCAGGUUCACCAUCCACCACGCCCCGUUUGGCUGCAUGGACACGGUGCUCAAACCCCUCGGCGUGACGUGCUCCGGGGUCUUUCUCGACCUCGGUAUAUCCUCCCCUCAGUUCGACGACGAGAGUAGGGGAUUCAGGCCGGAGCAGGACGGACCCCUGGACCUCAGGUUCGACGUCACUCAGGGCGUACCCGCGUCUGAGUUUCUCGAGCGGGUGGACCGCGACGAGCUGGUCCGGAUUUUGCACGAGUACGGCGAGACCGCGGACCCGGUCGCGGCGAGGAGGAUCGCCGACGCGGUGUGCCUCGCCGUGGCGGAGGAAAGGCUUCCUUCGACGACCAAGGCUUUCGCGGCGCUCGUGGCUGCCGCCAAGGGUAAGGAAUACCAGGCGAUGCACCCGGCGAAGCUAACUUUCCAGGCGCUUCGCAUUCACCUCAACCAGGAGUUUGACGAGAUGCGGCGUGGUAUGAGGGCCGCGGCGGAGGUGAUGAUUGACGGCGGUCGACUCGGUGUUCUGACGUGGAAGCACAGCGAAUGCGCCAUCCUUGUGGACUUUCACCGCCACUUUGAGGUUGUCCAACCGACGCAACCCCUGCUCAAGUGGAUGCGAUCGAACCACCCCGAGAAGGAGAACGCCCUACCCACCGUCUGGGGUCUCACCAUGGACGACGCGCAGCGUCCGUCGGAGCGCGAGAUGCGAGACAACUCUCGGUCGCGCAGCGCCAUCCUCCACGUCCUCCGCAAGGUUGACGCCGGUCGCCGGCUGGCGGAUGUGGAGCGCGCGGCGUAUCCCCUCCUCGGCUGGGCGCCGCCCCCGGACGCGCCGAAGCCGCCCCCGGUGACGUUCAAGUACGAGGCGGCGACCGCGGGUCGCGACGAGCAUCGCAAGGAGAAGAAGGAGAAGAAGGAGAAGAAGGAGAAGAAGGAGAAGAAGGAGAAGAAGGAGAAGAAGUGA